GGCAGGCGUAGGGGGAGCUUUUUGCCUUCCUGUCAAACAGCUGAUUGCUGGUGUGAAAAUGGCGAAUCAUAGGUCAAUUUGUUCGAAAAAACUGACACUGUGUUGAAAAUCCGUCCCCUUUUAGGCCACUUAUUGAUAAGCAUCAACAUGCCAGGCAAUAGCUUGGUGGUGCCGGUGGUGCUGUGGGGCAAAUAUGCCCCCACACACUGCAUCUCCUGCAUAUAUUUAUCAAAAGACCAAAAGACUUUGGCCACUGGUUGUUACGAUGGACAGAUUUGUCUCUGGCAAGUCAACCCAGACACUUUACAAAUGACUCCCAGGUGUUUACUAGUGGGACACACAGCCCCUAUUUUAUGUAUAUCAAAGGCUUCGAUAUUGCAAGAUAAUAAUUACAUUGUCUCCAGUUCAGAAGCUGGAGAAAUGUGUACCUGGGAUUUAGUCGAUGGGAGGUGUAGGGAACAUGUUAAAUUACCCCAAGUGCACACUAAUAUGCAGGCUUACCAUAUGAGUAACUGUGAGGAUGUUAGAUUAUUUUGUAAUGGCUAUUAUCCUGAAAUAGUGGUUAUGGAUCCGUUCAGUUUGGAAAUUUUAUUUAUGUUAUCGUCUAAACAAAAUCCGGAUUGGAUAAGUGCCCUUCAUGUGUUGCGUCCCUGCAACCGCAAAGACGACGUGGUGUUGGCUCUGACUACCACAGGGAUGGUGAAAGUGUGGACCCUUUUAGGCCACGAAACGAAGCAUUCAGAGCCAAUUUACGAGAACGAGAGCAAGCAAAUCAAGCCGUUGAACGCUGUUUGCAUCCAGUGUUGUCCACACAAUCAGCGCACCGUUCUGGUGGUUGUUAGCAAGUAUUGGCAAGUGUAUGACGCAGGCGAUUUUAGCAUUUUGUGUUCAUAUUUAUCACCGCGGAAUGAGCGAUGGAUGUCUGGGGAUUUUUUAGCAGCCGAUCGAAUAAUCAUGUGGUCAGAUGCCGGCAAAGGUUAUCUUUAUAAACUACCCGCGAACAAACUACGUGGCAAGAAUGUUACAAAUAGCAGUAUUCCCGAUAACAAAAACUUCCACACACCAAGUGUAGAAAACGAUAGUCCUUUCCUCUACUGUCUUCUAAGCCAACCCGAUAACAAGUCAUUGUCAUGCCCACCUGCGAUGCGUUUCGUAACAACCAGGCGACAAAACAGGGAAUAUCGUUAUUUACUUCGGGGCGAUUCUGAAGGUUACGUUUUAGUUUGGAACAUUCCUGAAAUAUCGCCAGCACAAUUGCAUGAAAUCCAGAAUCAAAAGCCGCCACAGCCGGUCCAAAUGACCGCUACUUUAACGACGAGUUUGACCGAAGCGUGGGCUAGUAUGGUCCCGAGUCCUGUGGGGAUUUUGGACCAGAUAGAGAAACAAGAAGGAAGACCGGUGAAACUAACGGCUAGUAUUUACUUGCCUUUGCAAAGCCGUUUGGUGGUGGGGAGGGAGGAUGGUACUAUAAUUAUAGUCUCAGCGACUCAGACUGUUAUGUUACAGUUGUUACAUGGGAGUCACCAAUAUUUGAAUAAUUGGCCCCCACAUCAAAUCUUGUCGGGACAUGGAGGGCGUGUCAAUUGUUUACUGUACCCCUAUAGGGAGCACUCACGGUACGACAAAAACCACCUAGUGUCUGGAGGAGUCGAUUUUGCAGUUUGCUUGUGGGAUUUGUACGCAGGGACUUUGUUACACAGGUUUUGUGUUCACGCAGGGGAAAUUACUCAGUUGCUUGUUCCUCCAAACAACUGUAGUACAAGAAUUCAGAAAUGUAUUUGUUCGGUUGCCUCGGACCAUUCAGUGACUUUGUUGAGUUUAACGGAACGGAAGUGUGUUUGUCUAGCUUCGCGUCAUUUAUUUCCGGUGACGACGAUCAAAUGGCGGCCUUUGGACGAUUUUAUGAUUAUUGGUUGUUCUGAUGGUACUGUUUACGUGUGGCAGAUGGAGACGGGACAUUUAGAUCGAGUUUUGCAAGGAAUCGCCGCUGAAGAAGUUUUGUACGCGUGCGAGGAACACGAAGCGACCAUCACUUCGUCUGAAGUUGGUCUUGCAAACCCCGCUGUGCACUUCUUCAGGGGCUUGAGGCAUCGAAAUCUGUCGGCGAUCCGGCACGCUACCCAGAGGGGUCUUCACCAGUUGCAACAGUUGGGUGCUCACACGAAUAACGACGAUCCUCACAUGCAGAGGACGCACAACUCGCCUCUAGUCAUUCAAGGAGUUAAAACCAAUCCUAAAGAUGCGGAAAGUCAUAUUUUAUUCUUUGAUAUUGAAGCGCUAAUUAUCGAACUGUUGAAUGAGGAAUACUCGAUGAUGUCGCCUGGGAGUUUGGAGGCCGCUGGUUUAAUAGCACAGUCGGAGUACAUGAAAGUGGCUGCGCUCACCCAAAGUGCGAGCCCCGAUGCGCAUAAAAAAAUAGUAGACUUCUUUGGAAAAGUGAAAGAUAAGGCGGAAAAUAUGGAGAGAAUAAUUAAGGAAAAAGACAAGCAUGGAAUUCUGGCGAAAGUUAAAGAAGGUGCAGAGUCUGUACAUACGAAAAUCCAAGCCAAAGCUGAGAGCGUUCUCAAGGGCGGCGAUAGUCACAAAGACGGCACGGACGGAAACCCGCGCUCUAACAGUAAACCGGUGUUGGGCCCCCUUGAGACAAGCCAUACGAUGGAGAUCGCCCAGCUUCUCCUGUCUCUCCUCCACUCGUGGGGGCUGGACAACGACCUAGACAGGGUCUGCCAAGUGAAAUUAGGUUUAUUAAGACCCAUGGUGCCUAUUUCAUUCGGUCUUUUGUCCAAAGCGAAUCAAAUGUCCUUGUUUCUUCCGACUUGGAACAGCGCUAUUCUAGUCGACGAUGAAAGCAUCCCCGAAGACCUGUCGUUCGGGGAUGAGAAAAUGAGCAAUAUGUACCCGGAGUUAGUCAAGAGGGAACAUUUGACGAGAAUUUUCACUUCUCACACACAUUGGGAGUUGAGCACAACCCUUACUAGCAACCAUCUUUUGGCGAUUAUUGCCCUAAGUCAUACUUUAAUGUCGAUGAGCAACGCAACGUUCGUUCCGGAACAAGAAAGGAACCGGAAGUUGCAUCGACAGUCAACUCGAGUUAACUGGAGCAAAACAGACGAGGAACAUGAGGAAAUGUACACCCAACAACAAGCACAAAUCAAACAAGGCUGGUCCUUGUUGGCCACUCUUCAUUGUGUUCUUCUACCAGAUAAGGUGGUAGAGGCAGGGGCGAAGAACUUCAAGCGGCCACAGGUCGAAAUGAUGGCCAAGAGGUGGCAGCACCACUGCGUCGAAGUGAGGGAGGCCGCCCAGACGCUGCUUCUUGCGGAACUCUCGAGGAUGGGCCCGAAGGGCCGUAAGGCCCUAGUGGACGCCUGGUCGCAAUAUUUGCCCCUGUACACCCAAACGGAAACAAUAAAUCAACAAGCGGUCACUUCGCCCAACAUGAACCACGUCAAUUCGGGCCAAAUGCCACAUUCGCCGGACACAGCGGAGGAAGAGUUCGAGGAGGAGGAAGAGGAACAGAUCCGCAAGCCGUCGAGUUUGUCCGAAUUGAAGCGAAAACAGUCGACUGCAGUUAUUUUACUGGGGGUCAUAGGGGCCGAGUUCGGUCAGGACAUAACCGGUGUCGAUAAUAACAAAAGACGAGCGAGUGAGGAUCGGAGAAAAAGUUCAGUUGUUGAGGGUUUCGGUCAAGGCAAUAAUAAUUUAGCAAGACUGACUGCGAUGGCGCUGUCACAUUUGUUACUAGCGCCGCCUUCGCCUAAACUGCCUGCACACAUUCCGCUAAGGAGGGCAGCUAUUGAUUUAAUUGGGAGAGGGUUUACAGUGUGGGCUCCAUUUUUAGAUAUUAGUAAAGUUUUAUUAGGUUUAUUAGAAUUGUGUUCGGAUGCUGAUCGGUUAGUGCCGAGUAUGACGUACGGUUUGCCUUUGACGCCUCAAGCCGAUUCGUGUCGAACGGCAAGGCAUGCUCUCACUCUCAUUGCAACAGCAAGACCUGCUGCUUUUAUUACGACAAUGGCCAAAGAAGUCGCUCGAUACAAUGCAAUGCAACAAAAUGCCCAAACUCUAAACAUAAACAUGAAUAACAACGUGUUACACAAAGCCAAGCCGGAAAUUUUACGAGGUGUUGAACUAUUAAUUGAUAAGAUGCAAAAUGAAAUGAGUGAUCUCUUAGUUGAAUUGAUGGAUAUAAUCUUGCACUGUCUCGAUCCUAGUCAAUUGAAAAAUAAGGGCCUACAGGACGUCUUUCCUGCCGUUUGUCGGUUCAACCAGGUUUCGCAUUGUCCUGCAACCAGAAGAAUCGCCGUCGGUUCGAACGCGGGCACUUUGACCCUGUACGAGCUGAGACAGGGCAAAUGCACGACAAUCAACGCCCACUCGUCGCCGGUGACGGCGGCGGCCUUCAGCCCCGACGGCAAAUUCCUAGUUAGCUACGCUUGCGGCGAGAACAAGCUUUGCUUCUGGCAAACGAGCACAGGCAUGUUCGGCUUGGGCCAGUCGCAGACGCGCUGCGUCAAGUCGUACAGCACGGCCCCCAUCGCCGACGUCGCGCGCCUGAAUCCCAUGAGGCUGGCAAGACUGAUCUGGAUAAACAACAGGACGGUGACGCUGAUGCUGGCCGACGGUUCCGAGACACGAUUCAAUGUAUAACAGGCAUGUAAGAAAACCGUGGCCUUUCGACUCGUUGUUGUUGUUCUUUCACGUCUCUUCUUAUCCUCUCGUAUGUUAGGAUGUAAGCCAUCAUUAUUCAAUUGCACGGUAAAUCCGAUUCCUUACAUAUAUGUAUAAAAAAUUGAUGAGUUGGUUUUGUGUCACAAGACAAUAAUUUCGAUUUUGGUUUUGUUGUCGUCGGUUCUCACAGCCAUGAACCGACGGCUCGUGUAUUAUAUGAUAGCCUUAAGAUAUUCAAAUGAGUGUGCCUCAGCAUACAGUCUAGUUAAAAUCACAAAGUAAGUAUUAAUCGAUGUGUUUAUUUACACCGUUUAGUAUUGGAGGAUUUUGAUGGGGGUAGUGGACAAAAGAAUCAUCGACGUUAUCCAAUAAUUGUUACAUUUCUGAUGACAUUAGUACAAUUGAGUCGCUUCAAUAUGAUAUAGCUUGUUGUAUUUAUUAUAAAUAUGAAGAGGAAGCUCUAUGGAGAUAUAAAGCAGUCAUACUUUUUGUAACGUUUUAUUUAUUAGUAUAUUUCGCACUUUAUAUAAUUAAAAAAGAAUAGUGAUAUAUAUUAUAUAGAGGUAAUUUUAUUGUCUAUGAUGUACGAUGUUCAUAAACUGUACAUAAAUGUUAUUUAUUGUUACUUUCAGUCAUUUGAGUUACAAGUCAACGGUUAAACCAUCUUUAAUGUUUACUGGAUUUUCGAAAAAUUUAUUUAUGCCGACGUUAGAUAUUGUUAAUAAUUAUGUUGUUGAGUUUGUUGAAAUAAAUUUUCUAUCAAAGUUGGUGCUCAGUAAUUUGGGAAUUCGUCAACGACUUGUAGAUGUCUUGAGGCCUAUUUACGGUUUUCCUUUCGUUAAAUAACAAUUCCAAAAAUGUGAUCUCAACAAUAACUUUCGUUUACAUCACUGUCUUUAAAUGUAAUGUCGUUGAACAAUUUAUUUUUAAGUAUUUGAACUAUUUGAUGUGCGUGUAUUGUGAAAAAAUACGUUCCCUAUCCAGUUGGCACCGAAACUUACUGCAUUUACGCACCCGCACACUACGAGAGAUUACGAUACGAAUGCUAGUCAGUUAGAGAAAGUGAAUUGUAAAUGUAGAACUUUUCGGUGUUUGUGUUAUGUAUAUAUUAUAACAUACAUUAUUAGCAAUAUUCUAAGUGUUCUGUGUACAUGUGUGUACAUGGUAAUUAGUCAAAAUAUAUUAUCUAAUGAUAAUCAA